AUGUCGAGCGCUACGGUUUGUCCUGCGGAGCAGGAGAUUGAUUGGACUAAUUGUCCAACAUGUGGCGGGACCACGCAAGAAGGAAUGUGGGCCGUGAUCUCCAUAUCGACGGUAGUAGCGUGUGUCAUCACCAUCUACAACUUCUGGCGACAUAUCAAUAGCUAUAGAGUCCCAUUGGUACAAAAACAAAUACUUCGUAUCAUCCUUUUACCUUUCGUAUACGCCAUCAUCUCAUUACUAGCUUUCAAAUGGUUUAAGCAAUACGAAUAUUUCGAGCUUAUCGAAAGCACUUGGGAUGCUUUAGCAAUUGCAUCUUUCAUUCUAUUAUUAUAUAGAUUGGUGGUGUUGGCAGUGACGGAUCAUCCAUUUGGACAAGAACAACAUUUUUUCGAUCGAUUGAAUCAAAAAGUUCAAGAUGAAGCUAAGGCAUGUAAGGAGAAAGGGGAAGAACCGUAUAAAGGAGUGAUGUAUCCUAUUCCCGUUAGCUGGUGGUUCAAGCUUUGGUGUAUGACAUGCCAUUUUUGGAGAUCAUAUUAUCAACCCUCAGAAAGAUUUGUCAAAUUCAUCCUCAUCGCCGUAUUGCAGAUUGUGCCCAUUCGGAUUCUUCUUUCCGUGGCUGGGAUCCUUGGAGAAGCUGAUGGUUGGCUUUGUCCUCAGGUAUAUUCGGUACACUUUGCAGGAUUAUGGAUCGCCGCCAUCAACUUUAUCUCCGUCACUAUCGCGAUAUAUGCUUUACUGGUGUUUCAUACGCUUUGUCAUGCCGAGCUUGAGGGGAGAAGAGUUCUUCAUAAGUUUUUGGCUAUCAAAUUGGUCAUCAUGGUCCUCUUUUAUCAAACCUUUAUGAUUGAUAUCCUUGAACAUGGGGACAUCAUCUCAUCCACUCAGUAUUAUACUAAAUCUGACGCUGGAAAACUCUGGACGUCGGUUCUUACCGCUUUAGAAAUGGCCAUAUUCUCUGCUUACAUGCUCUGGGCGUAUGGGGCAAAUGAGUUUAUCGGACCCAAAUCGGAUGAUAUAGACCAUGUCGAUGAAAAACAUCUACAGGAAGAUGGUACCUAUGUCAAAUAUAAAGUAUCACAAGCCUUGUGGGAUACGAUCAACAUUAUCGAUUAUUUCACUGAAUUAUGGGCCGCAUUCGGAUUCUUGAGCGGUUACAUUUCUUGGCGUUGGCGUCAUGGAGGUCGUUCGAGGACUAUGUUGUCACAAAUGAAGAAUAAAUACAGUUUUUUGACGGUGGAAAUGGCCACAAUGGUGACGAAGUAUCAUGGGAGAAAGAGAAGGGACAAUGAGAGCAGGGGAGGGGAGAGUGAAAAAGCGACCAGUUGA